GCGUGCAUUUCCUUGCUUCCAUUGAAACACUGGGGUGUGGCGUAGACUACAGACUCGAAUAAAAAUCCUCACAGACUUCCUGGAUGAAUCAGCGCAAGAUUACACAGUCUCUGUCCGCACCAUGUCUGAGUGGAAGCAGAGAUGUGAGUCUGAAUGGAGCCUACAGGGAGCACCGAUGCCCGACGGCCUGGAUUGGAAGUCCGUGUUUGAUGCCAGCCCGCUGGGGAGGAAUUUACUGAAGAACCCUUCACCUCACGGAUUGAGUAAAGACACCCCUCUACCUGAACCUGAUCUGCCUGAAUUUCCAACACGCGGACGUCCACGUUUCCAACCUGAUGGCGACUUCAGUGGCUGGACGACUAGCCUGGAAGUCCUCCCCUACGAUACGAGUGGAAUCCCAGAAGGUGCCGUGGUCUGUGAAUUGCCUCAAUGCAGCUGGUUCACCAUGGAGCAGGUAGUGGACCUUAAGGCAGAGGGAUUGUGGGAAGAGCUGCUGGAUGAGUUUCAGCCUGAAAUCCUCAUCCAAGACUGGUAUGAGGAGAGUCAGCUGCAUGCAUCCAUCUACCAGCUGCAGGUGAAGUUACUGGGUGCAGACAAAAGCACAGUGAUCUCAGAGCACAGUGUCAACCCCAGUGAGGACCUCAGCAAUUACUCACACAAUUGGAAGGAGGUGUCACAUGUGUUCUCCGGCUAUGGACCUGGGGUGAGAUAUGUCCACUUCCAGCACCGCCUGAAGAGCCAGUUCAUGGUGAUGUUCUACACCACGUUGUUCACAGGAAGCUCAGUGAUGGUCAGACCAACCAAAACCAGCUCCUAGGCUGACUCUUACUAAAACUGUAAAAACUGAGUUGUUAGAAGAUUCAAUGUAAUCAACUACGAUAACACAUAUAAUCUUUGAUAAAGUGAUAAUAGGUUGAUUUUCGUGUGCUUUAGAACAUUACAGAGUUUGCAAUAAUCAGUAAUUGAUUGUAUUUACUAGUUUUCUAAUUGUGGGGUAUUUAGUUUGGUUAAUUGUUUUAAUUUUGCAUUUCCUUGCAUUUCUAAAAUAAAGGGAAAAUGUAA